UCGCCUCACCACGCUGCACAACACACAACAACGAUGGCUGACAUUGAGGGGCGCAAAGUGGUUGUGACCACACGGGCUGACGAGACCAUCACUGGCUAUGUGUACGACUGGAACGAGGCACAGAACAUGCUGAUCCUCCGGGUGCAAGGGGCCAAAACAGAGCUUCGCCCGGACUUCCGCAUCAUCAACACAGCCUUCAUCAAGGAGUGCCAAUGCCCAGACAAAUCGCAGACACUCAAGAUGAAGGGCCCUUCGUACGUGGACGUUGCCGCUCGCCAAGAAGAACUCAAGCGUGCCGUUCAAAAGGCACACGGCCUCCUGCGUUCGGACCGUGAAGGCGCGCCAGAGAUUGCCAAGCACAUCUACAGAGAACUCUCCAAGACGCUCGAGUGCAAGUGGGGCCCUGAUCACUCCAUCCUCGUCCGUAACGUCAAGAUUGCUUCCCCGUACACCAAGGAGUCCUGCACACUCGCCGACUCAGCCCGUCCAGUACCGAAGAAGACACUGUCGUACAUCCAAGAACGCGUCGCAGUCAUGGCGGAGUCGUUUGCCGCGGCAAACUAAACACUAGUCAUGUGAGCAUGAGAGAGAGACAGAGAAAUGUCGCAAGGGAAAACGACUACAAUUCCGUCACACACCGUUGCUUUGAGAGAGUGAGAUGAUUAAAACAAAGGACAUG